AUGCCUCAAGCCUCUCAAUCGCGUUCCAAAGCAACCACCAAAAGCGGCUCUGCCCCAACCACUUCAGAGAGCAGCAACAGCUCAGACCAGAAUGAUGAAAAAUCAAUGCCAGAAAAUCUAGAGCAGCGACUCAGCCCUACACCAGGUAAAUGGGAUCCCAUGGCAAAGUCUCUUCGCAACUGCAGCUGGGAACAGCUUCAGGAGCGUUUUAUCGAAGCCAUGGACGAGAGGUCCGACAUGGAAAAUGCCUUACAGAAAGAGACUGCGGAUUUACUGGAGGUUUUUAUCGCAUGGUCACAAACCACAGUGUUUGCAGACGAAGAUAGGGCUUACAAAAGGUGCGGUAUACGGUUAUUCAGAGAGCAAAUUCUUGAUUUAAUGCUUCGUGUUACUGCAGAUUUAAAACCAGGAUGGACUAUGUUCAAACGUCUGAGGAUCGACUGGAGGACAAGAAGCAGCACUAUGCGAAUGUGGUAA